GUUAGCAGGAGUCCCAGCAACAUGGCUGCUGGCUGAGAUCCUUCACCCCCCAGCUGGACCUACCGGGCUCGCCGCCACCCGCCUGGGGAGGGCACAGGCAGGCGGUCCCCCCCAUCCCCUCGGCUCUUCCGCCCCAGUGGAGGUUAAGCAUAAUCUGACCACCCUGGCAAGGCUGUCUUCCUUUCCAUGCUAUUAUGGCCAAUGAAGAAGAUGAUCCAAUCAUACAGGAGAUUGACGUAUACCUGGCCAAGAGUUUGACGGAGAAGCUCUAUCUGUUCCAGUAUCCCAUCCGCCCUGCUUCAAUGACCUACGACAACGUGACUCGCCUGUCAGCGAAGAUCAAACCAAAACAGCAAAAGGUGGAGCUGGAGCUGGCCAUCGAUACUUUGAAUCCCAAUUACUGUCGGAGCAAAGGGGAGCAGAUAGCGCUGAACGUCGAUGGGGCGUGUGCGGACGAGACCAGCACCUACUCCUCGAAGCUGAUGGAUAAACAGACCUUUUGCUCUUCCCAGACCACGAGUAACGUUUCACGAUAUGCUGCUGCUGUCUACCGAAAAGGUGAAAUGCACCUGACUCCACUACACGGAAUCCUGCAGCUAAGGCCGAGUUUUUCCUAUUUAGACAAAGGUGAUGCUAAGCACAGGGAACGCGAGGCUGCUAAUGAGGCUGGGGACUCGUCCCAAGAUGAAACGGAAGAAGACGUCAAGCAAAUCACUGUGAGGUUUUCCCGCCCUGAAUCGGAGCAGGCUCGGCAGCGUCGGGUUCAGUCUUACGAGUUCUUGCAGAAGAGGCAGGCGGAAGAACAGUGGGCGCACCUGCAUUAUUAUGGUUUACGGGUAAGUGGGCUAUGUGCUUUUCCUUACAGUGAAUAUUUGAUGAUGCUGGUGCCUCCGAGUGUUGUAGAAGAGAAGGAGAAACCAGUGGCUCCAAGCAACGUGCUGUCUAUGGCUCAGCUGCGGACGCUGCCCCUUCCCGAUCAAAUUAGGAUCUUGAUGAAGAACGUGAAGGUCAUUCAAUUCGCCAACCUCAUGAGCCUGUUGGCUUCUGGGCUGGAUCCAACUGCAGCCUUGCGCAACAUACAGCAGGUGGCGAUGUUGGUGCAGGGAAACUGGGUUGUGAAAAGCGACAUCCUCUACCCAAAGGAUACCUCCAGCCCACACAGCGGCGUUCCGGCAGAAGUUCUUUGCAGAGGAAGGGACUUUGUCAUGUGGAAAUUUACGCAGGACCGUUGGGUGGUACGGAAGGAAGUGGCCGCCAUCACCAAACUCGGCCCAGAAGACGUGAAGGACUUCUUGGAGCACAUGUCCGAGCUACGGAUAAACAAAGGCUGGGAAUUCCUGCUCCCUUACGACGAGGAUUUUGUCAAAAAGCAUCCUGAUGUGGUUCAAAGGCAACAGAUGUUGUGGACGGGCAUCCAAGCCAAGUUAGAGAAAGUAUACAGCUUGUCCAGAGAGCACAUGGCACCAAAGAAGCAAGCAGCGCAGACUGCUGCCCCCUUGCUGGUUUCCGGGGAGCAAAGGGUCAACUUGGCCAAGGGGAGAGUCAAGCAGAGCUACAGCCAGUUGGAGCAAGACUUGCAGAAGCAGAGGGCGGAGACCCAACCCAACGAGGUCGCCUCCCCGGCGGACGUCUUUGGGGUCCGAAUCAAGGAGGAGCCGCUGAGCGACGAGGAGCCGAUGGACACGUCCGCCUGCGAGAGCCUCAACAAUGGGCUGACCAAUGGCAUCCAUUCGGAAGAGAACUCCAUGGACUCUGUGAACGGACACUUGGGGGGCCAGGCGAGGCUCUCGCAAGAACUCAGGGCCUUUGUGAUGGCGACCUUUAAGAAACAGUUUGUCCUCACCCUGCGGGAGCUGAAACGGUUAUUUAACCUCCACGUGGCCAGCCUGCCUCCUGGGAAUCUCUUGUUUAGUGGCAUCUCAGACAAAACGUUGCAGGACGUGGUCUUGGAUAUCGGCUGCAAACAAAUAACGGUGCCUUUUCCCCCGCAGACUGCCACGUUGCCGGAUGAACAAAAGGUCUUUGCGCUUUGGGAAGCGGGCGAUGCCCACGACCAGCAUCGGCAGAUUUUGCUCGAGGUUUUCUCCAGAAACUACCGAGUGCGCAGGAACGUCAUCCAGAAUCGGCUGGCCCGGGAAUUCGGAGAGGAUGUAGGCAAGCAGGAGGUGGAUAAAGUGCUCAAGGAUUGCUGUGUAAGCCAGGGAGGGAUGUGGUAUCUUAAAGGAACAGUGCAACAGCAACCAUCGUGACACAGAAUCAACUUUCUCAUAGAGGAGAACAAAAAAAAAAGAAACAGACUGAAAAGCAAGGCAAAGCCCCUCCCCUUCCUCAAGUCUUGGGGCAGAGCCUGAUGACCGCACAGCCUCUUGGAUGUUGGGAGAAAAAUUUUGGACAAACACCACUCAUCCCUGUUAGGCACAGAGUGCAAAAUGCUACCCAGUGAACAGGAAGAACAAACUCGGAUUUUCGUGCACCACUACGGUUAAUUUGGAACCCCCCACUAUAUUUUGCUUCUCACAUUUGUUCGAUUAACACAACAUUCUAUCCCCAUUAUGACGGAAGAUCGUGGUCUGACGUUUUAUUUUGUAACUAAUGCCAAUAAAUUACAAGUUUACAUUUA